AUAAUUUUUUUCUUUGCCCAUAAUAAUUUUGAAAUUUAUUUUGAGUAACAUAGUUAUUUAUUUAUAUAACUAAAAUUAAAAUUAUAAUCCACAGCUCAAUUAAUAUGGAUGAAACCCCAAAAAAUUUAUGGAAGGGUUAUGAUGAUAAAUAUCAGUUUCAUGUUACAAUUCCUAUUAUUGAUUCAACUAUUGAAUCAAAAAAUGUAGAUGAAAGAGUAAUUUAUAUAGGAGACGUAGAAAAAAGAAAACAAGCAUAUGGAAUAUGUGGAGAAUGUAAAGAACCUGGCACAGGAUACAAUUGGUGUCAAUCCUGUAAUGCUAAAAGAUUUAAAGAUAACUUUAAAAAUUGGACUAGUGGAAAUAAAGAUAUUGAUGAAUUUAUACAACAAUCACAACUUAAUGCUGUACAUUAUUUGAAAUAUCUUGAAUGGAUACCUUUUGAAAAAUUUCAUAAUAUCACUUAUAUUGCAGAAGGUGGUUUUAGUAAGAUUUAUUCAGCCGAAUGGCCUGAAGGACAUAUUGAUCAUUGGGAUAUUGAAAAUCAAAUAUGGUAUAGAUUUUCAUAUGAUAAAUAUGCAUUGAAAAGUUUGAAUAAUUCUUCUGAUAUAUGUUCAGAUUUUUUAAAUGAGAUUAAAUCUCAUCUUCAGAUUCAUCUUAUAGAUAUUGUUCAAUGUUAUGGAAUUACUCAAGAUCCAAAAAAUAAAGAGUAUAUGAUGGUUUUAUAUUAUUGUAAUGAUGGAAAUUUGAGAAAUUAUUUAAAUGAAUCUAAAAAUUAUAUCAAUUAUAAAUUAAAAAUUGAUCAAUUACAACAAAUUGCAAGAGGACUUUUAGAUAUUCAUAAUGCUGAAAAAGUUCACAAAGAUUUUCAUUCAGGCAAUAUAUUAUUUAAUUAUAUGCCAUAUAUAAGUGAUUUAGGAAUGUGUCAACCAGCAAAUAUAAAGCAAACAGUUAAAGAAGAAGGAAUUUAUGGAGUAUUACCAUAUAUGGCACCAGAAGUUUUACAUGAACGACAAUAUACAAAAGCAGNUUUGGAAUAA